CGUGGGGGUUGAUGCAGAUUUUAUGAAUAAUGUGCUUGUUAUAAUACACAUAUUUUAGUUAUUCGAAAAGAGAUUUUUUUUAAAAAGUGCUGCAAAAUAUUUUAAUACAGUAGAAAACGGUGGAUUUCUACUUCUCGGCGAAUGAUCUGGCAACCCAGUCUCCUGGCAGCCGAGCAGUGCCACACAACACCGAACCGGCUCUCUCUUUUUAACACCGCUAAUUUAACGGAGGACCCUGAGCGAUGGACAGAGACCCGUUGGCGGAAGCUGGUCUUCAUUUCGACGAGCUCAACAAGCUGCGUGUCCUCGAUCCCGAGGUGAGGCAGAAGACCACUGAGCUCAGGGAGGAGUGCAAAGACUUUGUGGACAAAAUUGUUCAGUUUCAGAAAAUAGUUGGUGGAUUAAUUGAACAUGUGGAUCAGCUGGCGAAGGAAGCAGAGACAGAAAAGAUGAAGGCCAUAGGGGCCAGGAACCUGUUGAAGUCCGUGGCAAAGCAGAGGGAGGCGCAGCAGCAGCAGCUCCAGGCCCUCAUUGCAGAGAAGAAGAUGCAACUAGAGAGGUACCGGAUCGAGUACGAGGCCCUGUCCAAAGUGGAAGCGGAGCAGAACGAAUUCAUCGACCAGUUCAUCCUGCAGAAGUGAAGCCGCGCGCUGACGAGACGCCCGGUUUUCCUCGGCUCGUCUCUUCGGGUUUCCGGGUUUCCGGGUUCCCUCGAGUCUCGCGGAAGACGAGUUUUUCAGCAGGCGACACGACGACAUCCAUGCGUCCCGAGCAGAUCGGGAGCUACGGGACACCUCGGUGUUGCGUUCUACUGGGGAAACGUGGCAGUAUUUCCCGCAAGUUCCUUUGAUCAUCACACUACAACCCAAAGUUCUGCCUCUCUAUACAUAGACGAAAAAAUGUAGUUACCGAGGGACCUAAGUUAUUUGUACUUUUAUAAUAAAUGACUAUUAAAAUUGUACUACAUUUUCUACAAAUGGAAACAGUAGUCGCAUGGUACUGUUCAUACUGUAAUUUCUUAAAUUAUGACUAUUUAUGUCCACUAUGCUGUAUUCUAUUUUAUAGCCAUUCUUCAGACACUUUUGUCUGAUGUGAUAAAUUGCUUGUCCUCAAGUGAGCUCAAUUAUUUAGUUUGUUCAACUGAUACAUUAUAUUCAUUACAUUCAAAAUGAAUAAUUCCAGUCUGUUUACAUCUCUGUAGAUGUUGUGAAUACACUCGGUUACAUCUUAAAUGUGGAAAACGUGUAAAUAAAGAUGUAUAUUUCAAUACAGCUUGGGUUUACUUUUUUUUUUUUCUUCCUUUUUUAGCGGUUCACUGGCUGAAGGAAUCAUCGUUUCCCUAAAAGCCAAACUUAAGUUUGUUUUUACAUUGUUUACACUGGAACGGCUGAACCGCUGGUGUAAAAGACUACAUUUAAUGGGCCGCAACAACACGGAAACACUGUAAACUGUGUACGGGGUACAGAGACGAAAUGUGGAAAA